AUGGGUUACAAAAGUGCACAAAAUUUAUCACACUUCUCUUCCUUGAUUUUCCUAGUUCUUAUGUUUGGUCUUGUGACUUCAGAUGUGAACCAAGACAAAGCAGAAUGCACAGACAAACUCAUAGGUUUGGCUAAUUGUCUUCCUUUUGUGAGUGGUCAAUCAAAGACACCAACUAUAGAUUGUUGCACUGGUGUUAAAGAUGUUGUUAAUAAGAGUAAGAGAUGUUUGUGUAUUCUUAUUAAGGAUCAUGAUGACCCUAAUCUUGGUUUUAGUAUUAAUGUCACACUUGCUCUUAAGUUACCUGCUGAUUGUAACUCACCUACUAAUAUAACUCAGUGUAUUGAUCUUUUGCAUUUGUCACCUAAAUCUCAUGAGGCUAAGAUAUUUGAGGACUUUGAGAAAACUUUGGAGAAAAAUAGUACUACCCCAGUUUCUCCAGCUAGUAAUGCCAAUGGAAAAGGAACAAAUACAGGAGUAGCUCAGGACAAGAGUGGUAGCAAACAGGGAAAGAUGCUUUAUGGAAUUUCACUAUUUGUUUUAGCUUCCUACUUCUUCAUAAUUUGA